UUAAAUAAGAAAAAGGGGUGUCUAAAACUAAUUUACUCCUAAUGGUAAGUUGGGCCCAAGUCCAAAAGGAAAAGAGGUGUUAGAAAGGAAAACAAUAGCUGCCAAAAGCAAUUCAAACAUAAGACCGGACUGGGCCUAAGCCCGAAAGAAAAUGGGGUGGUGCAAAGGAAACAAUGGGUGUGCAAAGGAAACAUAUUUUUGUUUGGCCCAGAAUGGGCCCAAUUCCACUACCCUAAACCCAUCAGGGUUUCCUCAGCCCCCAAAACCCUCAGAAGGGUUCCCAUUCGACCCCAUCCUCCAGCACGAACACCAGGUGACCCCCAAACCAACAGUUCCCAAUCCGGCCACCACAACGUCACAAUUCCUAGAGUUUCCUUCUCGUUCUUGGCUAGCAAACUCCGAAGCCACCGUCUCAGCCGCCGAUUCCUCCGGCCAGCCGCCGCAACGACCCUCCGACUCCAUCCACACCUUCGCCUCCACAUGAUAGCCACCGUCUCCGGCCAUUGUGAGUCACGGCCUGAAAUUCCAACGACGGCGCUAACCACUACCAUGUCGUCAGCUGCUCACGCACUCGCCCCACUCUUCCUCCACCGAGUUAAUGGCCGCUAUCGGCAACUUUGCCCAUCACCGGGAAGUUUAACGGCGUCAAGGCAACUCUCCUCUACUGUCACUGUCACCCCGAACCUUCCGUUCAACCAAACUGCCCACUACCGCGUAACCCCCUGUUUCACUGAAACACCAUUUCCUACUUGGCUGCGCGUUCUUGCUAUUCAUGGGACCCUGUUUUGGUUAUUGGUGGGUUUGGGGUUCAUGCAAGAAGAAGGGUAUAGUGUAAACAGGAGUAGAAUGUAUAUGGGUGACUGUUCUGUAGCUUUAGAGACUAAUAUUUCUGGGAGAAAGGUUGGAUGUACAUGGUGAAUGUGUAGUCGGAGUGAUGUUGGUGUCUAGUGACCAGUGAUCAUAACCAGCGAAAAUGGAGAAAGAAGAUGAUACAUAUAUUAUGAUGUUCUCGAAUAGAUCAUUGAAAAUUAUAAUAAUAUGCAUUGUCAAACAUUAGAAGUCUGUAUAUCAUGCAUCCAUUAGAAUAAUGAACU